UGGAGCUUCCAAGAUGGUCCACAUUUGCUCUUUUACUUGUCAUGUUUGUCGCAAGUGCAGCCAAAGUUGAGGAGGAGAACCCAGAGUUUUGGAGAUCACAAGCUCAGAAGACUUUGCACACAGCUUUAAACAGGAAGCUGAACACCAACGUGGCCAAGAACAUCUUGUUUUUCCUUGGAGACGGUAUGGGAAUCACAACCUACACAGCAGCUCGUAUCCUCAAGGGGCAGCUGCAGAACCGCACAGGAGAGGAGACAGUGAUGACCAUGGACACCUUUCCCCAUGUGGGCUUGGUGAAGACCUACAGUGUGGACUUCCAGAUCGCAGAUAGUGCUGCCACAGCCACUGCAUAUUUGUGUGGAGUAAAAACCAACCUGAACACCAUCGGCGUCAGUGCAGCAGCUCGAAAUGGCGUUUGCAGGAGUCAGAAGGGAAAUGAAGUCACAUCCAUCUUGAAGUGGGCCAAGGAUGCCGGCAAGUCUGUUGGCAUUGUGACAACCACACGAGUGCAACAUGCUACCCCAGCCACUAGCUAUGCCCACAGUGCCAGUAGGAAGUGGUACAGUGACGCCGACAUGCCUGCUGCCGCCAAGAGGGACGGCUGCGCUGACAUUGCCUCCCAGCUGCUCAAUAACACAGACAUAGAUGUGAUCAUUGGUGGUGGGAGGAAGUACAUGACCCCGAGGGGCACCAAGGACCCGGAAUACCCCAGAGAUUACUCAUCCAGGGGUAAAAGACAAGACAAACGUAACCUCAUCAGUGAAUGGCAAAGCAUGAAACUUGGCAAGGUCGUCCAUUACGUAUGGAAUAAAACCGACUUUGACGCUGUGGACCCUGAAACAACAGACUACCUGAUGGCUCUGUUUGAACCAGGUGACCUGCGAUAUGAAGCAGAGAGGGACCCCAGCAUGGACCCAUCCAUUGUGGAGACCACAGAAAAAGCCAUUGGCAUCCUCCGCAAAAACCGCAAAGGUUUCUUCCUCCUGGUGGAGGGGGGUCGUAUUGACCAGGCUCACCAUGACGGCCGAGCAUACAUGGCGCUUCACGAGACAGUGGCUUUGGACAAUGCCAUUGCCAAGGGCCUUGAACUCACCAACGAGGAGGAGACGCUCACUGUUGUGAUGGCUGACCAUUCUCACCCGUUUACCUUCAAUGGAUACCCAUUUCGAGGACAAAGCAUCCUGGGUAAAUCUCCAUUGUGGGCCAAAGACAUGUUGCCUUACACCACGCUCAUGUACGGCAAUGGACCUGGACACAAAAUCACCAACGGCACGCGCCCUGACAUCCGCAAUGUUGACACAAAAACGAAGGACUAUGUCCAGCUGUCAGCAGUUCCCACAGACUCCGCUACCCACAGUGGUGAGGAUGUGGCAGUGCUUGCCCGUGGACCCAUGGCCCACCUCUUCCACGGUGUCCAGGAGCAGAACUACAUUGCCCAUGCCAUGGCCUAUGCUGCGUGCGUGGGCGCAGACUUGAGACACUGUCGAGGACAGACCACUCCGCCUUUUGCUUACACCACCUUCGAUGCGAACAACAAGGCCGGGGGAGCCCACAGGCCAACAGUAUUGAUCAGUGGCCUCCUCAGUACAUUACUGGCCUUUAAAGUGCUGAUUUAAUGUCCCCUUACAGUGAUGUCAC